UUUACGCCAGGCUAUUUUUUGCAAAGCUUUUGACAAACAAUGCCCUUUCAUUAACUUUGUUGCCGAAGCUCUAAAAUAUGAGCACAAGUAAACGUCAAGGUGGUGCGCUGAAUGGCGUAUGGGAGGAAAGAUACAGUCGGCAAAGGAUAGAAGAGUUAUACAUCAAGGAAGAUGGGCGUGAAGAUCGAGUCGCAUUCCCAAAUGGUGUUUCGUUAUUUGAAUAUUUGAGAAAUGGCGACAAAGAAAAUUUCAUUGACACAAUACUAAGAUUUUCGAAAGAUCUCCUAGAGCCUCCUGGCCGGUUUCGCUUCUCAGACUUGCGCAACUAUCUCGGCAGUGCAGACCUUUCCACCUUCAAGCAAGGAACAACCAACGGGCGUGCGUCAGGCAUCAUUAUUCUAGACGAAAGACGUGACCCGAUUGACACUUCAGCAACAACACGUCAUUGGGAUUCGGAUCUCUAUCUCAGAUAUCCACCUUCUGGCACUGAUAUUUAUACCGAGAAAUUAGAUUUACCUCGGUUGGUGGACAGACUAAGCCAAAAUAGACGAGAAAACGGUGCAGAGAGACGGAUUUUAUAUGUGUCUCAUAUGACUUCGUCCUGCGCUAUGGCCAUCAUCGGCACUGCACCGACACGUUCGAUUCCUAUUCUUCGGAAGUUCUUUCAGAACCAUCUACUUUUUCGCACCCACUUUCGCAUAUCCAUGUCUGGGACAUAUACUAUUGAGUUUCAUAUACCCUACCUCGCCCUUCGGGAAGGUUCGCCUAUACAGGACGAUCGACGACAGGAGCGUGAUCAAUGUCCUGCACAUAAGCGAUUGCCAUUACCCCGCCCAGAUGAUCAGGAAGCCUACUACUAUGAAGCACAGACUUCAUUCCUGCUAACUGGAAUUGAUGAGCGAAUGUACACUGUAGUUUGCGCCGUCGAUACAUUUUUUGAAAAGGAGCAAAAUCGAGAUAGCUACCUAGACAAAACUACCCCCCUCGACGCCCCCUCUGGUGGGUCGAUUUGGCUCCAAUAUCCAGUUUGGAACCCACGUCAGUACGCACUAGCGGUACAGUCUCACAGGAUGUUCCAAGCCAAAGAGGAAUGGACUGCCUUGAUCAACUACUUCGUUCAACGGCUGCAACAUUAUGAAUAUCUCUAUGAGCUACCCGAUGACCACAUGUUGACUAGGACAAUAGAACUUACAGGGGCUGAGUCAACAAUACGUCAAUUCAGGGACCACAUUGCUCGCACGAUCAGCGCCUGGGAUGGGUACUAUGACAUCAACAAAAGCCUUUAUGAGGUAGAAAGCUUCAAGCUUUACAGCUGGUGGCAAAGGUAUAUAGGAUCCAUUGGCGAGUCGAUAUCGGAACUCAAGGUUUUGCACGAGAUUAUGGCUCAGAAGCUGGAGCUCUUCAAGAGCAUGCGGGAAGGAUUGGUAAAUGCGUCAUCGUUUAAAGAAAGCGCAGCAGCUACUCGACAGGGGAAUAAAAUCAGUGUUCUUACCACAAUCACCAUGGUAAUGCAGGAUUCCAAUUUUUCAAAGCCUUACUUCUCGAACUGGAAAGUUGUAUACAUACUAAACUUUGGUUCUAGCUUUUCCUCCCUUUUACAGCAGUCACAGCAUUCUUCAGUUUACCGCAACUAGGCGAUUCCGCAUGGCUUUGGCUUGCCUACUGGCCUGCAAUAUGUCUAGCCUUGGCCGGAACUGUGUACAUUUUCCACCAAGCUGAAUUACU